UUCUCUCUCUCUCUUCCCCCUCCAUUCCAGUCCUCCUCUUCCUCCAGAAGGGAAGAAGCUUUGCCACAGACCGUCCCCUUCUCCCCUCUUUUUUCCUUCAGUGGGGUGGCGGAAAAAGGGCUUCAGCAGCAGCAGCAUUAUACCUAAACAGCAACCCCCUUCCCCAAACUUGCCAUCAUGACCCCCCUGGGGGAUGAUGUCUGAGUCCCUGUGGACAGCGCUCUCCAAUUUCUCUAUGCCCGAUUUCCUUGACAGCAGCAUGUUUCGCCGCACAAAAAGCUGCCGAACCAGUAACAGGAAGAGCCUGAUCCUGACAAGUACGUCGCCGACACUGCCCCGGCCUCACUCUCCACUCCCAGGUCAUAUUGGUAGCAGCCCUCUGGACAGCCCUCGGAACUUCUCCCCAAAUACACCAGCCCACUUCUCCUUUGCAUCUUCUCGCAGGGCAGAUGGACGACGUUGGUCUUUGGCUUCCCUGCCCUCCUCUGGAUAUGGAACCAACACUCCCAGCUCCACGGUAUCAUCAUCCUGCUCCUCCCAAGAGCGCCUUCACCAGCUGCCUUAUCAGCCCACUAUGGAUGAGCUGCACUUCCUUUCCAAACAUUUUGGCAGCACUGAAAGCAUCACUGAUGAUGAUGGAGGGCGGCGGUCUCCCGCAGUCCGGCCCCGGUCCCGGAGCCUCAGCCCGGGCCGGUCUCCUUCUUCCCAUGACAAUGAGAUAGUGAUGAUGAACCAUGUUUACAAAGAACGAUUUCCCAAGGCCACAGCGCAAAUGGAAGAGAAGCUGAAAGAUUUCAUCAGGAGCUAUGAACCAGACAGUGUGUUGCCUUUGGCUGACGGGGCACUGAGCUUCAUCCACCACCAGGUCAUUGAGUUGGCCAGAGACUGUUUAACCAAGUCCCAGGAUGGCCUCAUCACCACGGUCUACUUCUAUGAGUUGCAAGAAAACAUGGAGAAGCUCCUGAAAGAUGCCUAUGAACGGUCAGAGAGUGAGGAGGUGACUUUUGUCACUCAACUAGUGAAGAAGCUGCUGAUCAUCAUCUCACGUCCAGCUCGCCUUCUGGAGUGCCUGGAGUUUAAUCCUGAAGAGUUUUACCACCUCUUGGAAGCCGCUGAGGAUCAUGCCAAAGAGGGACACUUAGUGAAGACAGACAUCCCUCGCUACAUCAUCAGCCAGCUGGGACUCACCCGAGACCCCUUCCCAGAUGUGCUGUAUGUGGAGGAGCACGAUAGCGGAGGAUCCAACACACCUGACACAGAGGAAUUUGCCGAGAGUCGUGGGACUACUCCAAAGCCAAAAAAGCCACCAGGAGAAGGAGACUUCGAAACGAUCAAACUAAUAAGCAAUGGGGCAUAUGGAGCUGUGUAUUUGGUACGGCAUAAAGAGACCCGGCAGCGUUUUGCCAUGAAGAAGAUUAACAAGCAGAAUCUCAUCCUGCGCAACCAGAUCCAACAAGCUUUUGUAGAACGUGACAUCCUGACAUUUGCAGAGAAUCCUUUCGUGGUCAGCAUGUUUUGUUCUUUUGAGACCAAGCGCUACCUCUGCAUGGUCAUGGAGUAUGUUGAAGGUGGGGACUGUGCCACAUUGUUGAAGAACAUAGGAGCCCUGCCAGUGGAGAUGGCCCGCAUGUACUUUGCUGAGACUGUCCUGGCCUUGGAGUAUUUGCACAACUAUGGCAUUGUCCACCGUGACCUCAAGCCUGACAACUUACUCAUCACCUCUAUGGGACACAUCAAGUUGACUGACUUUGGUCUCUCCAAGAUGGGGCUGAUGAGCCUUACUACCAAUUUGUACGAAGGCCACAUUGAGAAGGAUGCAAGGGAGUUCCUAGACAAACAGGUUUGUGGGACCCCGGAAUACAUUGCUCCUGAAGUGAUUCUCCGCCAAGGCUACGGGAAGCCAGUGGACUGGUGGGCUAUGGGCAUCAUCCUGUAUGAGUUCCUGGUGGGCUGCGUACCUUUCUUCGGAGACACUCCUGAGGAGCUCUUUGGUCAAGUCAUCACUGAUGACAUCUUGUGGCCAGAAGGGGAGGAAGCACUCCCAGCAGACGCUCAGCAUCUCAUCUCCUGCCUCCUGCAAACAAACCCCCUUCUCCGCCUGGGGGCAGGUGGUGCUUUUGAGGUGAAACAGCAUCCAUUUUUCAAAGAUCUGGACUGGAAUGGGCUUCUGAGGCAGAAAGCAGAGUUCAUCCCCCAUCUAGAAUCUGAAGAAGACACCAGCUACUUUGACACUCGCUCCGAUCGUUACCACCAUAUUAACUCGUACGAUGAUGAGGACACAACUGAAGAUGAACCUGUGGAGAUACGGCAAUUUUCAUCUUGCUCUCCCAGAUUCAGCAAGGUGUACAGCAGCAUGGAGCACCUCUCCCAGCAUGAGCAGAAGACCCCCAGUGUCACCAAGCGGGACCAGAGCAGCAAGCACAAGGAUGAGAAAUUGAGCAAACGGGAAAGCCUGGGCAGUUUCACUCUUCGAGACAAGACCUGGCGUACCAACUCCCCAGAAAUGAAGCGUCUCUCUGCUUCAGAGUCGUCAUAUACCGAGAGUGAUUCGAGCCCCCCACUGGGUGCACGCCGGCGCUUUUCUGCCCUGAUGGACACCAACCGUUUUGCUGUGCCUUUGGAGAGCGAGAGUGAGACCCUUGGCAAGGGGCCCGCAAAGGCUCCGACAGAAAAUGGGCCCACGGGACCCUCGUCCCAGACCGAAAGCAAGGAGAGCAAAGAGGGAGCAACAGGAGAAACUGGAGCAUGCCCUGCCCCUGUGGAGACUGACAUAGGCGAUAAAUCAAAAGCGGGUGAGCUACAGCCCCUAAAGGAGCUUGACCCAUCAGCCCCCAAAGCUACCAAUGACUUGGUGCUACGUCGGGCUCGGCACCAACAGCUCUCAGGGGACUCCACGGCUGAGAAGCGCAGCUCCCGCACAGGGGGCAAGGUCAUCAAAUCUGCCUCAGCUACUGCGCUGUCCGUCAUUAUCCCCACAGUGGAACAGCACAGUAGCUCCCCGCUGGCCAGCCCAAUGUCUCCCCGUUCCCUGUCAUCCAAUCCUUCAUCUCGGGAUUCUUCGCCAUCACGGGACUAUUCCCCAGCUGUAACAAUCCUCCGCUCGCCCAUUACUAUCCAGCGUUCAGGGAAGAAGUAUGGCUUCACGCUGCGUGCUAUCCGGGUGUACAUGGGUGACAGUGAUGUCUAUAGCGUGCACCAUAUUGUCUGGCAUGUGGAGGAAGGCGGACCAGCUCAUGAGGCAGGUUUAUGUGCUGGAGACCUCAUCACUCAUGUCAACGGAGAGCCAGUGCAUGGGCUUGUGCACACUGAGGUUGUGGAGCUCAUCCUGAAGAGUGGAAACAAAGUGAUGGUGACUACUACACCCUUUGAAAACACCUCCAUCCGGAUUGGGCCAGCUCGUAAGAGCAGCUACAAGUCCAAGAUGGCCCGGAGGAACAAACGGAGCACCACCAAAGAUGGCCAGGAGAGUAAGAAGCGAAGCUCCCUCUUCCGCAAGAUCACCAAGCAGUCAAACCUACUGCACACCAGCCGCAGCUUGUCAUCUCUGAACCGCUCACUCUCCUCCAGUGACAGCUUGCCUGGCUCACCCACUCAUGGUUUGAGUGCCCGUUCACCCACCCAGAGCCUGCGCUCCACACCAGAUUCUGCCUACCUAGGUAGCAGACCUGAAGGUGCCUCUUCGCAAAGCAGUUCCCCAGCCUCCAGCACACCCAAUUCGCCAGCCACUUCAUCCCAUCACAUGCGGCCAAGUACACUUCACGGCCUAUCUCCCAAACUACACCGCCAGUAUCGCUCUGCCCGCUGCAAGUCAGCUGGAAAUAUCCCACUCUCACCCCUGGCGCACACACCUUCCCCCACUCAGUCUUCGCCACCACCGUUGCCCGGCCACACUGUGGGCAGCUCCAAUACCACGCAGAGCUUCCCGGCUAAGCUCCACUCUUCGCCGCCUGUGGUCCGGCCCCGACCCAAGAGUGCUGAGCCCCCUCGCUCCCCGCUCCUGAAGCGGGUGCAGUCAGCCGAGAAGCUCGGCUCCCCGCUCAGCUCCGAGAAGAAGGUGGUGGUGAGGAAGCACAGCCUGGAGGUGGUGCAUUCUGAAUAUCGCAAAGACUUCUAUGGCGAGCCGGGUCUCCACAGCCUGGCCGAGUCAGAUGGUGAGAGCCCCAAUGAAUCAGGGACUCCUAAGCCACUGGCCACCCGACGCCUGGGCCGGCAGGAAUCCCCACUUAGUUUUGGGGUAGGAGACGGGGAGGCAGUUUCCACUGAGACCAGCACCAAGACAAGGGGACCAGAAGGUCUGGCUGGGGACUGCCGACGGAGCCAAGCGGUGCAGACAGAGGAGGCAUUUUCAGGAGCAAAUCGAACCCUGGCAAAGGCCCUGAGCCCUGUCCAAGAGCACGAACAAGGGCGGAAGGGCAGUGGGGAGGCAGAGGUGGCCCCACGGGGACCCGUUCCUAUUGUUCUGGAGCCCAAGCAAAGCCAGGAACCCAGCCCCCCAAGGAAACUGGCUAUAGAGCACCCCCAGGACAAGGCUGGCUCACCCAAGGAGAAGUGGAUUCUGGAGGUGGUGGAAGAGCAUACCACCCUGGGAACCUGCGCCAAGACCCCCAGUUGCCUGUGCCCAGAAGGGACCAAGAAUGGACUGAAGCGAAGCUCAGCGGAGGCCAAGGGGAAACGGGGAAAAGAAGAGGUGCCUGUAUUGGGGUCAGGGAGCAAGUGUGCAGGAGACACACCUCGGCCUUCCCCCCCUACACUGGAAAAAAAGGGGGCGGCACACUGAAGGUUUGCCUUUCUCACUGUACUGACCACCAGGACUACUGUCCUAGACCACCACCCUCAUCUUUGCCUUCCAAUCUCAGUGGUGGUUGUGGCAGUGGCAGCUGCAGCGGUAUAGGUAGGCUCCCAAGUUCCUACCCCACUGAAGCUGGAGCGGGCUGGCCCUUCAAGCCCUCUGUAAAUAUGAAGGGCAGAGGCAACAACACUUUCCCUGCUGCCCUGGCCAUCUUCCCUUCCCACACCUACAAAGGGCAUGUCCGGUGGGUUAGGCCAUGUAAAGUAUCUAUACAUAAUUCUCACUAUAUAUAUUAUAUUAUAUUAUUUAUAUAAAUAUAUAUAUACAUAUACAUAUAUAUAUGAGCAAGACUACUCUAUACAUGAAAAGGUUAAAACUGUGAUCACACCCACCCCAAAAUCGAUUCCCAGCACUUCAGGUUCCUCCUUGAAGUGUGUUGGAUUUUUUUAAAAGGGAGGGGGAAUAGAUAUUUAGGAAAAAAGUUAAUAGAAGUGAAAUGCAUAAACCAAGUUAACUUUGAAUGCAGAAGAUUUUGCUGAAAUCACAAAGUGCAAAACAAACAAACAAACAAACCCCAGUUGUGAUCCUUGUUGCAUCUGGAUUGUUGCAUGCAAGGUUUUUGCAUGCAAAAGGGAUGCUCAGCUCUUCAUGCAAAUUUGUCAUUGAUCCGUUGGGAUCAGGAUGUGGCAGUCCAGGGAGGUGACAGGCAAACUCUUGUGGCAUUGCCCGGCUGGUGUCAUGGCAGCUGCAAACAAACAAGCGCCACCCUUCACAAGCAAAGCUGGGCUCCACCCUGCCUUGCUUACAUCACAUGUGGCAAGCAAGCUCAUUUCCCCCCUCUUUGUGUUUAGUGAUUGGAAAAUAUUCAGAAUUCUUCAAUUCCUUAUUUUACUUUUCUGAUUAUAUCCCCUCAAGCGAGCAAUUUCAAUGAUGGGUAUGACUUUCUAGCAAAGGAAAUUGUUCAUGAUUCAUUUCCUGGGAUUGUAACCCUUUCUCAGACUAAACUAGAGCCAGGCUGUGUUCAUGCUCAAAGGGGGAAAAAUUCUACCAGAGGCUGCCUUAACCAACAAAUCAAGAAAAUCAAUGUGGCACGAGAUGAAAGAUGGGUGAAAAGUGGGAUCUGGCCCAAGGAAUACCUAUCAGGGGCAAGCUCAGUUGCCGUGAGGUUUGCACUGGAAGUCUCCCCAAUGCAGUGCAUGCUGUGUCAAGUAGUGAAGGGAUGAUGCCAUGUGGGUUUUCCACUUUCGGCACAGAAACGUUUUGGGUUGAUGCUUGUCCAUACUUUGCAUGCAGGUGGGUUUGAUUAUUGCCAUACACCUCCCAGGUAGGAGCCCCCGGUGGCGCAGUGGGUUAAACCCCUGUGCUGGCAAGACUGAAUGCAGGUCGCAGGUUCAAAUCUGGGAAGAGGCGGAUGAGCUCCCUCUAUCAGCUCCAACUCCUCAUGCGGGGACAUGAGAGAAGCCUCCCACAAGGAUGAUAAAAACAUCAAAUCAUCCAGGCGUCCCCUGGGCAAUGUCCUUGCAGACGGCCAAUUCUCUCAUACCAGAAGCGACUUGCAGGUUCUCAAGUUGCUCCUGACACGACAAAAAAA